UAGGGUUUUUGUGUUCUUUUAGGGUGGGUUGGCUUCUCCUUCCCCGUUCGCCGUUUUAGGGUUCGGAUCCGUUCUCGUCUUUCUCCAUGGCGGCUUCCGAUGGUGAAUACCGUUGUUUUGUCGGCGGCCUUGCUUGGGUUACAGACGACUCCUCCCUCGAGCAUGCAUUCAGCGCCUAUGGCGAGAUUGUGGAAUCCAAGAUCAUCAAUGACCGGGAGACGGGGAGAUCAAGGGGCUUUGGAUUCGUGACUUUCCGCGAGGAGAAGGCGAUGCGGGAUGCCAUAGAGGGGAUGAACGGGCAGGCCCUCGACGGUAGGAACAUCACUGUCAACGAAGCCCAGAACCGUCGGAGCGGCGGAGGCGGUGGCGGAGGCGGAGGUUUCCGUAGCGGCGGCGGUGGAUUCGGUGGCGGAGGGAAUGGAUACGGUGGCCGUCGUGAAGGGGGCGGUUACAGCCGAGGUGGGGGAGGGGGAGGCUACGGCGGCGGUGGGUACGGGCGUGACCGUGGCUACGGCGACGGCGAGUCCCGCUACCCCAAGGGCAACGCUUCCGAUGGCUAUUGGGGGAAUUGAACUUGAUUCGAUGCCGCUGUGGCUUCGAUGGAUUGAGCUCCGUAGGUUUCUUAUUAUCGGUCUAGUUUAUUUCAGUGGGUGUUUGAUGUUGGAUUAUCCUUAAUUCUAAUCUUUUGAUAUCGUAAACUCUAGUAUCUCGUUCAGGUUUGUUCGGAAAACCUGUCUUUGUUAUGCGAUUGAAAUAAAAUUCUUCAGAAAAAGUAUAGCACUUUCUGUUA